GCAUAUAUAUACAUUAUACAUAUAUAUAAUGCAGAAAAAAAUUAUAAAAGAAGUAUGCAUGGGUUUGGACUUUAAACUUUACCAAGGACAGUUAGCUGAGCAAAAUAAGAGCGGCAGAAAGCACCCUGCGCUCGCCAUCAUUUUCCCUCUCGCUUGUUGGCAUUUCGUUUCUGGGGUCCAUUCCGGGUGAAGCACACCAUCAAAGCUGCGGAAAAUGGCUUCAAACCCGAAGGUCUUUGCGUUUGAUGAAGUGGAAAAGCACGAUGACAGGAAGGAUUGCUGGGUUAUAAUCCAUGGAAAGGUCUACGAUGUAUCCCCCUUCAUGAAUGAUCAUCCUGGAGGUGAUGAAGUGCUGCUAACAGCCACCGGAAAGGAUGCAACAGAUGACUUUGAACAAGUUGGGCACAGCAAUUCUGCUAGAGAGUUGAUGGAGAAGUAUUGCAUUGGCAACAUUGAUAGCUCCACAAAUCUAGUGAGACGCAAGUACAGGCCACCUCCGCGAAUAACUGAUGGACGAGCCCGGAGAAUACAGGGAGUUGUGAUUUUGAUACUGAAAUUUCUGUUACCCCUUUUGAUGUUGGGAUUGGCAUUUGGUUUGCCACUCUUCGGCAAGAAGGAUUAGCUCCCAUCCAUUUGUCCAUGGAGUUUCUGCAGUGAUCCAAGUGAGCCCUCUACUGCAACUAAACUGGGUCAACGCAUGGUCACUGCCAAGCGGGUGAGGAGAGAAUUUCGGUAGUAUUAGUAUCUUGCAAUAAUAAUUCCUGUUGUGCUGUUUAUGAACAUCAAUCUCAACUUUGCUAGCAUGCCCUGGUUUCAUACCUAAACAAGUGAGCGCAUAUUGUACUCAUGGGAUGUGUGUUCAAUGUUUCUUAAUUUAUUUUUUAUAAUUAAAUAAAAUUUAUAUUUUAUA